CAUCAGUGCCGGCGUGACGGCAAAUAACCUCAUUCUGCAUACUGACUGUUAUUUAGAAGGAUUUCUAUUCUAGCGUGGAUUUGAAUUGGUGAUACCAGCACAAGUGAGAUCGCUCAAGUACCGCCAUGGCUGCGCUGUCGGGAGGAGAGAUGUGCAUCAAAUACCUGAUGUUUGCCUUCAACCUAGUAUUCUGGCUUGCAGGCACUGCUGUCUUUUCUAUAGGCCUGUGGCUAAGAUUGGACUCAAAGACAAAAGGCCUGUUUGAAGGAACAGACUCUCCGGUUCUGUUUUACACAGGAGUGUAUAUCAUGAUCGGAGCUGGUGCACUGAUGAUGGUGGUGGGUUUUCUGGGAUGUUGUGGGGCCAUCCAGGAGUCCCCCUGUAUGCUGGGAAUGUUCUUCUUCUUCCUGCUUAUCAUAUUUGCCAUUGAGGUUGCAGCUGGUAUCUGGUUAUUUUCCAACCAAAGCAAGGUGGUGAAUGACGUCACAAUAUCUUACAUGCAGACCUACAAUAAAUACAAGAUGAAACCAGAUGAGAGCCUCAAAGAGACUCUGCGGCUGAUUCAAACAGGGCUGAACUGUUGCGGACCAACUAAUACUGUAGAUGAAGCUGACAAAGACACCUGCCCCCGGGGAGAGCCACUCGAGGAGCUCAUUGCUAAGAGCUGCCCUGAUGCCAUUGAUGAGGUGUUUGACUCCAAGCUACACAUCAUAGGAGGAGCCAGCAUCACCAUCGGUGUUGUUAUGGUGUUUGGGAUGAUCUUUAGCAUGCUCCUGUGCUGCGCCAUCAGGAAGUCUCGGGAGGUGGUGUGACACCCACCAUCACAUCCUGGAGUCCUUAUUAAUGUUGCAUGAUGUCAUUCCUAGAGUCACAUGACUCUCCACUGCCAAUAGAAACACUGCUUGUUCAAGUGGGAUACUCUAAGAUAGGCUGUGUGCAGAUAUUUCUGAUUAUUACAUGAUACAUCAGUUAUAACUGUGCUACUGACACUUAGGCCCACCAUUUCUGGACUAGAUAAAAAGCAAUGUGGUAAUUAGGCCCAACUAUAGAAUGGGUGUCAUCUGUGCUUCAGUGGCAAUGUAGUACAGAAAUAUGAAAUUUGGUGGUCAUUUGAUUGUAAUUAGUGUUUGUGAACUGCUAAUUAUCUAAACAAAAGAUCAUAUUAUUGUAUACUGAUCACAUUUCUAUUGCUUUCACUUGGGGCCACCUACCACCCAGAAGAGUCAUGGAUCAGGGCCUUAAAAAAGGCAACCACCACCACUUCAGCACAAUACAGCAGUAGGCAAUUCAAUUCUACAGUCCUCUUUCUUACAACACCGACAUCAAAACAUGGUGACUAGUAGCCGAUUCAAUGCCGAGCUAGGAACUGCGGGGAUUGUGGAUUCUUCCAGCUUGGUAUUAGAGUAGCAUUUCGGUUCCUUCAUUGUGACAUUUUAUUUGUUCCCUCCCUUUCUUUCUCCAUCUCCUAACUUGCCCUUUCUAAAAACGCCUUUGUGUCACGUUUUGUAAAUGUCUUCUUUUUUUUAUUUGUAAAAAGGUUUAUAAACUAAGGUGGUUGUGUAGUACAUGUGUUUUGAUGUAUUUUAUAAUAUUCUUUCCAUUUUACAUAGACUGUGUUGAUUUCUAUCAUAUGCACUAUGUUUCACAGAGACACAAAUUAAUGAGAGCCAAAUAAACCAAAAUGUACUGAC